AAUAAGAAGUCGCAUGUAGCGGUACAACGUCAACGGACCCCACCAUCUCCAUUCCCUUCUCCUUUUCUUCUUUCCUCUUCGACUUUUUUUUUUUUGAUAAAUAUUUUUCCUCUUCGACUUUAAUAUCUGUAGAUCCAUCAUCCAUACCGACCUAAUAAAUAGGAAAAUUAAAUUGAUAUAAUUGAAGUUUCAGCAAAUUAAAACGAUACCCAAUCUCAUAUUAUUCUCGUCGGAAUGGCGGGAGUUUCGGUGGCGGCGGAGUGGCAGCUCCUCUACAACCGGUACUACCGGAAGCCGGAGCUCUACCAGAUGCAGUGGAAGAACGUCGACCUCACGCGCAACAAAAUCGCCUGCGCCCCCUUCGGCGGCCCCAUCGCCGUGAUCCGCGACGACGCGAAGAUCGUCCAGCUCUACGCGGAGUCAGCACUCCGCAAGCUCCGCAUCUUCACCUCCUCCGGCCGCCUCAUCUCCGAAACCGUGUGGAAGAACCCUGGCGGCCGACUCAUCGGAAUUUCGUGGACCGACGAUCUAACCCUAGUCUGCAUCACGCAGGACGGCACCGUUUACUCGUACGAUAUACACGCCGAGUUAGUCAGCACCUUCUCCUUGGGUAAAGAGUGCUUCGCCAACAGCGUUGUAGAGUGCGUCUUUUGGGGGAGCGGCGUGGUUUGCAUCAAUGAGGCGUUCGAGAUUUUUGCGGUGCCCGAUUUCAAGACCCCGAAAACUGUUAAACUGGCGGAUAGUAAUCUGGAGGAGCUUCCCCAUUGUAUGGCGGUGAUUGAGCCACAGUACACGAAAUCGGGAGAUGUGGAGGUGCUGCUAGGGGUUGGAGACCAUGUGUUGUUGGUUGAAGAGGAUGGGGUGCAGUCGCUUGCCGAAGGGAUUGGGCCUUUGCAGAAGAUGGUUGUUUCUAGGAAGGGGGAGUUUGUUGCCUCGUUCACGCAUGAUGGGAGGCUUCUGGUCAUGUCUACGGACUUUUCAGAUGUUAUCAUCGAUUAUGCUUGUGAGUCUGCUCUUCCUCCUGACCAACUAGCUUGGUGUGGAUUGGACAGUGUCUUACUUUACUGGGAUGAUAUGCUACUGAUGGUGGGCCCUUAUGAGGAACCAGUACGCUAUAUUUAUGAUGAGCCGAUUAUUCUUGUCCCAGAAUGUGACGGGGUGCGGAUACUUUCUAACACAAACAUGGAGUUUCUACAUCGAGUUCCAGACUCUACAGUAUCUAUCUUUCAGAUUGGAAGCACCUUACCUUCUGCUUUAUUGUAUGAUGCCCUGGAGCAUUUUGACAGGCGAAGUGCAAAGGCUGAUGAAAAUUUAAGAUUGAUCCGCUCUUCACUGCCGGAAGCUGUUGAGGCUUGUGUCGAUGCUGCUGGUUAUGAAUUUGACAUUUCACAACAACGAACCCUACUGAGAGCUGCGAGCUAUGGACAAACGUUUUCUAGCCAUUUUCAGCAUGACAGCAUACAGGAGAUGUGUAAAACGCUGCGCGUCUUAAAUGCUGUGCGUCAUGUGGACAUCGGUAUUCCUCUAAGCAUUCAGCAGUACAAGUUGCUUACUCCAUCUGUUCUGGUUAACCGAUUGAUUAAUGCUAACAAGCACCUUCUAGCUUUACGGGUAUCAGAAUACCUUGCGAUGAGCCAAGAAGUCGUAUUAAUGCACUGGACUUGUACAAAGAUAUCAUCAUCCUCGGCCAUUCCUGAUUCCACUCUUCUUGAAAUCUUGCUUGACAAGCUGAAGAUAUGCAAAGGGAUAUCUUAUGCAGCUGUUGCUUCUCAUGCUGAUAAGAGUGGCCGUAGAAAGUUAGCAGCCAUGCUAGUUGAACACGAGCCGCGUUCAGCCAAACAGAUUCCUCUCUUGCUAAGCAUUGGAGAAGAAGAUACUGCACUUAUGAAGGCUACUGAAAGUGGUGAUACCGAUCUCGUAUAUCUUGUUCUGUUUCACAUCUGGCAUAAGAAAGCGCCAUUAGAGUUCUUUGGAAUGAUACAAGCUAGACCUCUUGCACGUGAUCUCUUUGUUACUUAUGCACGAUGCUAUAAACACGAGUUCUUGAAGGACUUCUUUCUGUCCACUGGACAGCUUCAGGAUGUAGCCUUUCUCUUGUGGAAAGAAUCUUGGGAACUAGCAAAGAAUCCAAUGGCAAGCAAAGGAACUCCUCUUCAUGGUCCACGCAUAAAGCUGGUUGAAAAGGCCCAUAAUCUUUUUACAGAAACAAAGGAGCACAUCUACGAGUCUAAGGCAGCUGAGGAACAUGCAAAGUUGUUAAGAAUUCAACAUGAAUUAGAGGUGACUACGAAGCAGGCCAUCUUUGUAGAUUCAAGUAUCAGUGACACAAUUCGCACAUGUAUUGUCCUGGGAAAUCAUCGGGCUGCCAAUAAAGUUAAAGUUGAAUUUAAGGUUUCGGAGAAGAGGUGGUAUUGGCUUAAAGUCUUUGCUCUGGCUACAAUCCGAGACUGGGAUGCACUAGAAAAAUUUUCAAAAGAGAAGAGGCCACCAAUUGGUUACCGCCCAUUCGUGGAGGCCUGUGUUGAUGCAGGUGAGAAAGACGAAGCCCUUAAAUAUAUUCCAAAACUUGCUGAUCCGAGAGAGAAAGCUGAGGCAUAUGCUAGAAUUGGAAUGGCCAAGGAAGCUGCAGAUGCUGCAUCGCAAGCCAAGGAUGGUGAACUGCUUGGGCGAUUGAAACUAAGUUUUGCACAAAAUGCUGCAGCUUCCUCAAUUUUCGAUACUCUUCGAGACCGCUUGUCUUUCCAAGGUGUUUCUUAGUCCUUUUGAGUUUUUUUUCUUUUUUUUUUUUUGAGCUUGUGAAUGUCGGUUCUUUCUUGAUUUGUUUUUUUAUCACGGCGUGCAUGAGAGUACUUUUUUUGCUUAAAUUAUUUUUUAUUUUACACUUGCAUCCUGGUAUGUAUUAUUUGCUGUUUCUUUGUGAAUUUAUUAGCCAUGGUGUAUUUAUGGAAGACUACGUUUGGUUGAUAGGAUUGGUUCUGGAACAAGAAUUCAACAUUGCAUUUGUAAAGUCUUUUUUUUUUUUUUUUUC